UUCUACGGUGAUCAAGGAAGCACAAAGCUAAGAGACCAACACCUUUAGCUCCAACCUAAAAAGAAAACACAAGCCAUGGCCAUCCGUAUGCAAUCCUUGUUUUCGAAUGCCAAACAGUUUUACAAGAUUCAAUCCCUUCUCAGUAGAAAUCAAUCCGAUGUGCCCAAGGGCCAUGUGGUGAUUUAUGUUGGAGAAAUUCAAAUGAAGAGGUAUGUGGUUCCCAUAUCAUACCUGAAUCAUCCUUCAUUUCAAGAUUUGUUGCAAAGAGCAGAGGAAGAAUUUGGCUUCAACCAUCCCAUGGGUGGUCUCACAAUUCCGUGUUGUGAGAAUGCCUUCAUUGAACUCACGUCAAGGAUGCAAAUAUCUUGAUGCAAAACGCCAAUGGGAACAGCAGAGCUCACCAGUUCUGACUAAAUUUUUUUUUCUGACUGUGCUUGGACAGGGACACUCUAGUGUGUAAAAUCUUGUAGACAAGCCUGUAAUGAUGUAAAAGAAGAGGAGAAUAAUACUACACAAUGUUUACCUUUUUAACCAAGUAUUGCAAUACU